AUGCCCGCAUCGGCUACCCGUGUUGGCGGUGGAGCCAAAGGUCGGGGUAAACCAAGCCGACCGGCAUAUCCGAACAGAGCCCUCGCCGAUGCCGAAGACGCGCCGACAUCUUCUUAUCAGCGCGGGGGAUCAACGCGAUGCAUUUCAGCCCCCUCCAAUCUUCCAUCCCGCAACAUGGCGACUUUGUGGACAAAGGCGGCGCAAUGGAUCUGGACGCCCAAGUAUCGUGAAGAAGACAACCGACCUGGCCGCUAUUUCCUCUUCCGCAAAAGCUUCCAAUGGACGAGCCAGACGGGCCUGAGCGAGCUCCUUGUCCAUGUGUCUGCCGACAGUCGCUAUCGGCUUUUUGUCAAUGGGCAGCGCGUGAGCUUUGGGCCUUGUAAAAGCUAUGCAGAACGCUGGCACUAUGAAACUGUGGACAUCCUCCCUUUCCUUGUUGAAGGGCUGAAUGUCAUCAGCGCACGUGUCCUGCGCUAUUCUUCAGUUCAGGCUGGCUCGUCAUCCAUCAUCAGCACAGAAAUUCCAGGUCUGAUGGUAUAUGGUGGAAUCGAGGGAUGUUCACUUUCGACCGAUGAAUCAUGGAGAUGCGUGGAGGAAAUCAAUCGAACGAUCAUCCCUCAUUCAGAAUGGAAUUACAUUCUAGGACCUCCGUUUCUUUCCAACAAUGAAAACUUCUCAGAGGCAGAGCAGUUAAGUGGUUGGGAGUUGCCCGAAUAUGAUGAUUCGGCUUGGGAGAGUGCGGUCUUGCAAUUCCGCCCUGUUAAGAUGCUUCCGAUUGUGAGCCCUUGGAAGCUGGCGCCUCGGCCGAUACCAGCUCUUCCUGAGACACCCGGACGAUUUCACCGGGUGGUCAAGUGUCAGGGCUCAAUCACGCAGAGCGAAUGGCAAAGAUUUAUUAAAGACGACUCUCCUAUCACCAUCCCUGCCGGAGAAACCGUCACAGUGGAUGUUGAGGUAGAAACUUUGUCAUCGGCCUUUAUCAAUCUUCAAUGUGGGGAUGGUAAGGGCUCGACCAUCUCACUACUGUAUGCUGAGUGUUAUGAGAAAGACCUAGGGGUAGAUACCGCACCCUUUCCUAAGCCCCGAUCCAAGUCCAAUCGGUCUGAUUCUGGGGGUCGACUUUACGGCAUGAAAGAUAUCUAUAAUGUGGUAGAGGGGCAUGCAGAGCAUAUAUUUGAGCCAUUUUGGUUCAGAGCCUUCCGAUACAUCCAAGUUCACAUCACUGCAGGGGACCAGCCAUUGAUCUUCAAACGUUUCACCUUGCGUGAGACAUAUUACCCUCUUGAAAUUUCCACAAAAAUACAGUCUAGUGCGGAGUUGGAGAAAAUCUGGGACAUCAGUCUCCGGACUUUACAGAACUGCCGACAUGAGACAUACGAAGAUUGUCCGUUUUACGAGCAAAAUCAAUUCGUAUCCGACUCUCGACUCCAGAUGCUCUUCAGCUAUCAACUUUCAUCUGAUGAUCGGCUUGCCAGAAAGACGCUCCAGGAGUUUCAUGCCAGCCAGGGUCCGGACGGACUGAUCAAGGCACAAUUCCCAUCUGGAUUCCGGAGUACUCAGAUUCCUCAAUUCUCCUUGUAUUUUGUCGCCAUGGUCUAUGACCACAUGCAAUAUUUUGCAGAUGUCUCGGUGGUGUGCAGCUAUUUGAGCACAAUUGAUGGGAUUCUCAAUUAUUUUGAUGGGAGGAUCAAUGAUCUUGGGCUUGUUGGUCGCUUUGAAAAAGAUACAUGGCCCUUCAUUGACUGGGUUCCCCAGUGGUUUGUUCCCGGGGAGAUCUUCGAAUCAUGUAUGCCACGAGCAUACAACAAUACUGGAGCAGCCACUUUCAACAGCCUUCUUUAUAUUGUUGCACUAAUGCAAGCAGCGGAGAUAUGCACGUUUAUCAAAAGAAAAGACACCGCAGCAGAAUAUACUGCGCGCGCAGAUGCUCUUCGAAAUGCAGUGAAUCGCCACUGCUACGAAGACGGACUCUAUCUCGAUGGACCUUCCGUCAAGGAGUUUAGCCAACACAGCCAGGUAUUUGCUGUUCUCUCGGAGAGCAUCACUGGCCCCGCGGCCAGAGAGCUGGUGUCCCGUGCACUACAAGAUACGUCGCUGGCGCAAUGCUCAUACUCGAUGAAAUUCUACCUCUUCCGCGCGGUGGAGAAAGUCGGUCUAUAUACACAGCUGUUCCCGGACCUCGUUGAGCCAUGGAGACGUAUGAUUGCAGAUAAUUUGACCACAUGGGCAGAAUUUGAGCAGAACGCCCGAAGUGAUUGCCACGGCUGGAGUGCAUCCCCUGUGUACGAGAUUGUCGCCCAGGUAUUUGGAUUGUCACCGGCUCAACCAGGGUUUAAACGUCUUAGGAUUGCUCCUCGGAUGGAACUUCUUGAGCAUGCUAGAGGUACCUUUUUCACUCCUGUGGGAGAUGUCACGGUUGCAUGGACAAAAGAAGGAGAUCUGGAGGUGGAACCUGCCGUGGAAAUUGAGGCAGAGAUCGUUCUUGAAGGAGUCCACCUGAUUCAGCAGCUUCAAGGAGGCAAGCCAAAUGUCUUCAAGAAGGAUUCUUUACGAUUGACACCCUAG